AUGAGUUUUGGUGUUGCGUUACUUGUCCUGCAGCAAGUACGACACGCCUACAAUAGACAACAAUUAGAAAGUGAUUCUUCACGACCGGUUGUACGCGGAGCAUGGCAGGUACACGUAGUGAACGCUUUCCCGUUACGGGCGAUAUCACGUUUAUUGGGUCGACUAAACGGUGACUACGAUCUUCCUGUUUUCAUGAGAAAAACCGAACUGAAACCUGGAGUACGAGUUAUUGAAGAGAAGAGCGUCUUGGUAUUCCCAUCUGAUGGAAGAGCAUUAGCAUUCGGACACAUAAUAGAUGGUCGUAUAUCUCAAGUAAAAGGCUCGACAUAUUUACUUGACGCACUUAUCGGGAACAGUUCUUCUACUAGUUUAUCAGAGGUUCUCUCAUCAUUUCCGAUGCCCAUAACAAUAACUGACGGGAAGAAAUUUGCUUCAUUAAAUGGAAUAACGUAUUCCUUGGAGGCUCUUAUUGAGGAAGAUAAGGAUAACGCCAAGAAGCAUGUUGCCGAGAAAAAAGAGUGA